UCAAACGUCCAGUCGAAGUGAAACCUCGCUCUGUCAGACAGCCAUCAUCAGCGUAGAAGGAAGAAAAGUGAUAGUGCAAAAGGAGAAAAAAAAGCUGAUCCUCUUUUCAUCGUGCCCCAAAGGAAGAAAAAGGCUGUGGUUCUGUGGUCCGGAUUUAAGUUCCCCGGUUUCCCUUGGUUAUCGCCGUUCCGCUGGGUCUUUUCGGGUGCCAAUCGUUCGCUAGCAGCUGCUGUCUGCGGUGGAAAAGUUGGGGUGUAAACAACGGAGAAAAAAGCAGCAGCAAGAAAAAAAGUUAGUCAUCGUCUCCGAAUUUUGCCUGUUGUGUGUGCCUGAGAGCUUAGUGCCAGGGUUCCUGAAGCCUGAAAAUGUUGGCCCUGAUCAAUCGGAUUCUGGACUGGUUCAAGAGCCUGUUCUGGAAGGAGGAGAUGGAACUGACGCUGGUCGGGUUGCAGUACUCGGGCAAGACGACCUUUGUCAACGUAAUUGCUUCCGGUCAGUUCUGCGAGGACAUGAUCCCAACCGUGGGCUUCAACAUGCGCAAGGUGACCAAGGGCAACGUCACCAUCAAGGUGUGGGACAUCGGUGGCCAACCGCGCUUCCGAUCGAUGUGGGAACGAUACUGCCGGGGGGUCAACGCCAUCGUCUACAUGGUUGAUGCGGCGGAUUUGGAUAAGAUGGAAGCGUCACGAAAUGAGCUGCAUUCGCUGUUGGAUAAGCCGCAGCUGGCCGGUAUUCCGGUGUUGGUGCUGGGUAACAAGCGGGACAUUCCCGGGGCGUUAGAUGAACCUGGCUUGAUCGAACGAAUGAACCUCUCCAGCAUACAGGACCGGGAAAUCUGCUGCUACAGUAUCUCGUGCAAAGAGAAGGACAAUAUCGACAUCACCCUUCAGUGGCUGAUCGCCCACUCCAAGAGCCAAAGCCGUUAAGCAAAGCUGUGGUCGUUGUUGUUUUCGCUGCAGCUCGGCCGCUGUGUGUCGGUUUGUGUGCGUGCGUGCGUGCGUGUUUAUGUGUGGGUGUGAAUGGGUGUAUGCGUUUGCGUUGUGUGUCUGUACCAGAAGCAGGGGUUUUUACAAAUCAACGAUGAUCGAUCAAACGAGGUUGGGUAACACCGCAAGGAGAAGCUAAGUAGAUAGACUGAAGAUGGUGUAGGGCAACACGACCAUACUUCACUGGCACCGACAUCUCGACACGCAUACGAUCUCCGUUUUGGCGAAGGGAAAGAAGCAGAAUUUGAACAUAAGGACACGACUGUAGAACAUCUAGCAGAACACGAGGCACAUCAUAACGGUAUUACGGGAUAGUUGCUCGAAGAUAAGACUUCCUUAUAGGAUCGUUCGAUUGGUAGGAAUGCGGAAUCCGUGCGUUCUGCGAAUCUCAACCCGGUACGGUCUAUUAAGAUUGACAGUGUUAAGUAUAGGAUAGGCAUGAAAGCGAUUGAUAAAAAGUUGUAGCUAUUGGGCAAACUUAUUUUAAAAUAUACAUUUAUUUCUCUCAAGGGAAACCAUACAAAAUAAUUAAAACUGAUUGGGAACACUCUUCGUAAGUCAUACCUGGAUAACCUUAAGUCUGGAUAAAACAAUAGUUUGGGUGUAGCAAAGCAAUUUUUCUUCUUCCUUCGAUAUCUUCGUGUCUAACAUAAAAUUUACAAAGGCAAAAAUGACCAAUUCGUAAAGGGAGCUCUCAGUUUAUAAUCACAAUUUGAUCAUAAACCACUAAAUUGAGAAACCCAUAAAAGGUAAAAUCCCCGGAAACAAACUAAAUUGAGAAUUGUUCUAUGCUGUCCCAGAUGAUAUGUUACGUUUGGAUUGGAUUGAAUUUGUAAAUACAUUUUCAAGCUGCUUUAGUGUAUCAGAGCACACGUAAGGAAGAAACUUCAUGAAUAAGUUUGUAAGAUGCAACUGAAAAACUUUUAUGGGGUUUUCUUUAAAUUCUUGCUGGAACUUCAGUAUGUUAUUCAGUCUAAACAAGAUAACGUUCAAAUUUUACCAAGUAACAUUUACAAGUUAUCUUUAGUUUUAAAACGUUCCUCAAAAUCGCCCUUGGAUUGAUGGAACUUCAAACGGAUAUUUGGGUCUGCUAAGCAGCUUGAAAGUUCUUUCAGAUCUCUUUCUGAACUUGAUGCAUUAUGGAAAGCCGGACUUCAGCUUACUCAGGUAGAAACUGCUAGAGCGGUUGAUUGUACACCUUCUGCAUUGUGUUAUGAUGAGCCAUUUGCCUGAAAACAAAAUCAAUCAAGAGUUAGUACGCAAUACAAACGCCAAAUGAUUCACCCAACUUAACUAGAAGAAGAAAAAUCACACAGCAAACAACAAACCGAGGCACUAAGACAUACCCUCACUAAUCUCAACAAAAAAAGCACGCAGGAAAAGUAAUUCUGCUACUAGGAGAACAAUUAAAUUGAAAAACCAAUCUGCUUUUUAGGUAACCACGUUGUUAAACAAGUGUGCACGGUGAUAUGAAUGUGACUUUCUGAUUUGAUUCGUUUCCGGUUCUGCUUUUCGAUUAGUUGAAUCCUUUGAAUCGAUUUCUGAUCGUAUCUCAACUUUACGUCCAUCUAUGGAGCGAUUUUUUUUAUUGUAAAGUGUGUACGCGAAACAAAUCUUAGUGCGAGUGAAUUGAUCCUUCGAUUGGUAGUAUAAAAUAUCCAAAACAAAAGAAAGCAGACACACACAGUUGAACAUAUUAUUCUCUAGCGCUAAACUGAUAUUUUUCGAUGUUAAGAAAAACGAACCAAUUCUAUUGAACAUUUCAAAAGCUUUUUAUUCAUAUUCAUUUGUAUUUUUAUUUUUUUACUUUUACAUCAGUGAGAUAAGAGUUUAUAUUUUUCUUCCCUCUUGUAAGCCCCUUCUGUUUAUAAGCAAGCUCCGUUUUAAUCAGAGAAAUUCUAGGUUUCGCGCAGUGAUAUGUUGAGUAAUAUUUAGGGCUUAAUAUAAAGUAACAAAGUCAUGCCGCGGAUUAGGUCAGGAGAGUAAAACAAUAAAAUUAAUCACUUUGUUGACCGUUACGAUGCCAUUGUCUAAAUAGGAUGAAGUUAUAACACACAAUUCUCGCUAGGCAUGUAUUCCCAUUGAUUUCCGAUUUCAAUAGUAGUAUCUCAUUGAGGAAAAAUUGUAACCUUAAAAUGCAGUCAUCCUGUUCCACCUAUAUACCAGUAAAAACAGUUGGAAAUUGUUCACGCAUCCAAAGUCUCAGCAUGUUAGGUAUUACUUUACCGCGGUCUUUUAUUUCAACCUAAUAGUUCUAUAGACAUUAUCCUUCACUUUCAUUAGCGUUAGCACAAUGGUGAAAAUUGCAAGCGAAUAAAUUAAUCAUUAUGACAAAGAAGAGGAGGUAAACCAGAAUAGUUAGUAGAUGAAACAAACAAACAAAAAAUGAAACAAACAACUGGAAACUAAGAAUGGAUAUGAUGAAUAAUAAAUUGAUUACUAAAAUCUUAUACUGUAUAUAAUGACAACAUAUGAUAAUAAUAAUAAAAUAUUAUAUAUGACUACAA